CAUGAUCGCCUGUUUAUUUAGUGGCUUAUCUUGGUUGACCCCAAAAUCUUAAUCCUGAUUGAGGUCGCAUGUGUAACCUGUACCUAGUAAACAAACAGGUGGAGCGUGACCGACAACUUUGCAAAAUCCUAAAUCCACUUCGUCGAAAAGCUUGGAACUCGCCCGUAGAUCAUGGCGAAGAUGGAUCUCAACGAUCUAAGCGAUGAGAAGUUUGAAUUUGCGAUCGACAGAGGCGGGACUUUCACCGACGUUUGGGCAAGAUGUCCAGGUGGGAAAAUUGUGGAAAUGAAAUUGUUGUCGGAGGACCCGUCCAACUACAGCGAUGCUCCUCGAGAAGGCAUUAGGCGGAUACUGGAACAGGAAACAGGAAUAGAGAUGCCUAUAGACCAGCCUGUAGAGUCUUCUAUCAUAGAAUGGAUCAGAAUGGGGACCACUGUGGCCACAAAUGCUCUCCUAGAGCGUAAGGGGGAGCGUAUUGCACUGGUGGUGACAAAGGGCUUCAAAGAUAUCCUGCACAUUGGCAAUCAAGCUAGACCAAAGAUAUUUGAUUUGGAAAUUGUAACCCCAGAGGUCCUGUAUGAGACAGUUAUUGAGGUUGAGGAGAGAGUCGUGCUACACAACGAGAAAUGUGAACUCGGAAAGAAAUGUGAAAAAGUCCAAGGAACCACAGGAGAACAGUUUGAAAUCUGGCAGCCUAUCAAUAUAGAGAGAUUGAAAGAAGACUUGAAAGUAGUUUAUGACAUGGGGAUUAGGAGCCUUGCUGUAGUUUUGAUGCAUGCUUAUUCGCUUGGCGACCAUGAGCGUGAGGUGGGACAACUGGCCAAGGAGAUGGGUUUUACCCAGGUGUCUCUGUCCUCAGAUGUCAUGCCUAUGGUCAGGAUGGUACCCAGGGGCUAUACAGGGAGUGAGAGUUCUGUUCAUGCAGUCAGAUGGAGGCUUGACACCUGUUGGGAAAUUCAAUGGAUCCCGAGCAAUCCUGUCUGGCCCAGCUGGUGGAGUGGUGGGCUAUGCACUGACUACAUACCAGAGGGAGACGGAAUCCCCAGUCAUAGGCUUUGAUAUGGGGGGUACAUCCACUGAUGUCAGUAGGUAUGCGGGACAUUAUGAGCAUGUGUUUGAGACAACGACAGCAGGAAUAACCAUACAAGCUCCACAGCUUGACAUCAACACAGUGGCAGCAGGAGGUGGAUCCAUGUUAUUCUUCCGCUCAGGGAUGUUUGUUGUUGGUCCAGAGUCUGCAGGUGCCCACCCUGGGCCUGUGUGCUAUAAAAAAGGUGGCCCCCUGACAAUCACUGAUGCCAACCUUUGUCUUGGAAGACUUCUGCCUGAUUUCUUCCCUAAAAUAUUUGGUCACUCAGAAAACGACCCCUUGGACACAAAGGCCACAGUUAAAGCAUUCACAAAGCUGACCAAAGAGGUUAACAAAUACUUACUCAGCAAUCCAGACAACGCACACAAUAAAGCCAUGAGCAUCGAGGAGGUUGCCAUGGGAUUUCUCCGAGUUGCCAAUGAAGCCAUGUGUCGGCCGAUCAGGGCUCUGACUGAAGCCCGAGGUUACGACACAUCUCGUCAUGUCCUGGCAUGUUUUGGUGGUGCGGGUGGCCAGCAUGCAUGUUCCAUAGCACGAUCACUGGGAAUGAAGACUGUAUUUGUACAUAGAUAUGCCGGUAUAUUGUCAGCCUAUGGCAUGGCUUUGGCAGAUGUGGUACAUGAAGCACAAGAGCCUUGUGCUGCCACCUAUGGUAAAGAUUCUUUCCCAAGGAUUGAUGAGCGCAUUGAUGAGUUGAAGAAGGACUGCUAUCAACAGUUGCAUGAACAGGGAUUUAAAAAGGACCAGAUUCACCUGGAGCCCUACCUCCAUCUGAGGUACAGAGGUACAGACUGUGCCCUUAUGUGCCCAGGGAGAGGCAACCCAGCUACAGAGGACUCCUCCAAACAUGGGGACUUCAGGGCCUCCUUCCUGGACAGAUACCAGAGGGAGUUUGGAUUUACCAUCCCAGAGAGAGAUAUUAUAGUAGAUGACAUCAGAGUGAGAGGGGUAGGGUCUACUGGAGUCUUAGAUCAGCCAGACAUCCCACAUGCUACUGGGGAACCAGUCAGUAAAACUAAAACCAAAUGCUACUUUGAAGAUGGCUACCUGGAAACAAGUGUCUAUCUACUGGAAGAAUUACAGGCAGGGCACAAGAUUCAUGGGCCUGCUAUCAUUAUGAAUGGGAACAGCACUAUUCUCAUUGAGCCAGCCUGUGAAGCUGUCAUAACUAGACAUGGGGAUGUGAAGAUACAUAUUGGAGAUGUUAAGACUGAUAAAGUAGGCCCAGAGCUGAAUGCUAUCCAGCUAUCCAUUUUCUCUCAUAGGUUUAUGAGUAUUGCUGAACAGAUGGGAAGAGUCUUGCAAAGGACAGCUAUUUCUACAAACAUAAAGGAGCGGUUAGACUUCUCUUGUGCAAUGUUUGGUCCAGACGGAGGUCUUGUGGCUAAUGCUCCUCAUAUUCCUGUCCAUCUGGGAGCCAUGCAAGAGACGGUGCAAUACCAGAUUAAGACCCUGGGUUCCGAUAUCCACGAAGGUGAUGUCAUCCUUAGCAACCAUCCCUGUGCUGGUGGAAGCCAUUUGCCUGACUUAACUGUUAUCACUCCAGUGUUCUUUAAAGGCAUUGAGAAGCCAGUGUUCUUUGUGGCAGCAAGGGGUCACCAUGCCGACAUUGGGGGUGACACCCCGGGGUCGAUGCCCCCACACUCCACACACAUUAUGCAGGAGGGGGCAGUUUUUAAAUCAUUCAAACUGGUCGAGGCAGGGAAGUUUCAAGAAGAAGCACUGACAGAGGCCCUGAUGGAACCUAGAAAAUACCCAGGAUGCAGCGGGACAAGGAAUCUCAACGAUAACAUCAGUGAUCUGAGAGCUCAAGUGGCAGCUUGUAGAAAGGGUAUUGAUUUGAUCUGUGGUUUAAUUGAGGAAUAUGGGUUGGAUGUGGUGCAAGCUUACAUGACACACAUUCAGACCAAUGCAGAGGUGGCUGUCAGAGACAUGCUGAAGGAGAUCGCGGCAGCCACCAAGGAGAGGACAGGCACCACCAGGCUACAGGCGGAGGAUUUCAUGGACACAGGCAGCAAUAUCCGUCUUUCUGUAGAGAUCUCUGAGAAAGAGGGCAGUGCAGUAUUUGACUUCACCGGGACAGGUCAUGAGAUAUUUGGUAACACAAACGCACCCCGCGCCAUAACUCUCUCUGCCAUCAUAUACUGUUUAAGGUGUAUGGUGGGCCAUGAUGUGCCACUGAACCAGGGCUGCUUGAAUCCCAUCCAGAUUGUGAUCCCCAAAGGGUGUCUUCUUGAUCCGUCCAAUGAUGCGGCUGUCGUCGGGGGCAACGUGGAAACAUCACAAAGAGUGGUUGAUGUCAUACUUAAGGCUUUCGCUGUUUGUGCUGCCUCUCAGGGUAGCAUGAACAAUCUGACAUUUGGAGACGGAGACUCAGGAUACUAUGAGACAGUGGCUGGAGGGGCUGGAGCUGGUCCAGGGUGGCAUGGCAGAGGAGGGGUCCACACCCACAUGACCAAUACACGAAUCACAGAUCCUGAAAUAUUGGAAAAAAGGUAUCCUGUAGUGUUGAACUGCUUCAGUCUUAACCAUGGCAGCGGUGGUCGUGGCAAGUACAGUGGCGGAGAUGGUGUGAUGAGAGAGCUUUUGUUUAGGAAGAGGUUAACUCUCAGCAUCCUCACUGAGAGGAGGGUGUUCAGACCCUAUGGAUUGUUUGGUGGUGAAGCAGGACAACGAGGAUUAAAUCUGUUGAUUCAUGCAGACGACAGAGUGGUAAAUCUGGGGUCCAAGUGUUCAGUAACAGUAUCAGCAGGGGAUCGAUUCCGUCUGUUAACACCAGGUGGCGGUGGAUAUGGUGACCCUGACGAAGAUCACCUUAGCGACCAAGAACAUGACCAUGAUCACAAAAUGUUCUUCAAGAAAAGGAGGGCAGAUAAAGGCCAUCACAAGUACGCAGAGAAAGGUAGCGUGCAUGCAUACAAGAUGAAACAGGAAUCUGCAUGAACGAUCAGAGAUCACUGCAGGUCACAAUUUUAUUGAUGAUAAAGGACAAUAUAAAAAAAAAACUUUUUAAAAAUAUGACACCUUAAUACCUUAUCCUAUUACAA